AUGGUUGGUGGGGUAAUACGAUGAUUACUACAGGUAUAAAUGUUGAAAAAAACCACAUACAGUUUCAGUAGUCAAAUCAUUGCUGUCACGUUAUAGCCUUUUUGUACUAAAUCACUUUUUUCCACAAAAUUUUAACGACUUCGAUAUUAAAACUGAUUGCAGUUACAUUGUUUACUCUAUACAGAGAUCCAAUCGAGGUGACAAGUCCGUAUUGUUCAUUUCUUUUAUUAUUCAGUUGCAGAUAUUGCGACGAGCCUGCAACAAGGAUAAAGUGAACAUAAAAGUUAAUAAAAGUAAUGUUGAUAAAAAAUUAGAGAUGACAAAUUCUAUUGAGGGAUUUUACGCCAGCACUGGGAUCUCGUUGAUGGGAGCGACAAGUUUUGUAGGGAAAGAUACGAGGAGAAAAAUGGCUGCGAUUGUUUCAUGUCGCGGCCUCUGUGCAAUUCAACGAACCAUUGGAUGUGGCUGUUAAUACAAAUAUGAAAGGCACUGCUCGCAUAAUCCAACUGUGCAAGGAAUUAAAGCAUGUUCACUUGCUGUUAAUUUUGCAGCACAAGUUUGAGCACCGUUCUGCGGUGAUUGAUAUAUGUGAAUGCGAGGACAAAAUAUUGAUCCAUCUAUUGGAAAAAAGAAUUCUGAAAAUUUAUCCAAACACCUACAUGUUUACCACAAAUAUAGCAGAACCGGUUCUGUCUGUAAUUGUGGUAGUUUACCAGUGCGACCAAGUGUAAUUGGUGCUUCGUUACAAGAACCAUGUCCAGGUUAGGUGGAGCUACAGGUACUUUUACAGAUAAUAAUUAAUAGUUAUUUUAAUUCGAAUCGUGACAAUAGAUAAUCGAGAUCGUGAGUAAUCGAAAUCCGAUUA